AUGCAUCAGACCAUGAACGCUAGUAUGACUAGCAAUAUGGUAGACCCUGGCCUUCUCGACAAGAUCGACAAGCUCUUCGCCUGUGGUGUUGGGGACCAUAUUCCACUCCCCCAGCUGGUUGUUGUUGGUGAUCAGUCGAGUGGCAAGUCGUCCGUUCUUGAGGGCAUCACAAAGCUGCCGUUUCCCAGAGAUUCCGGCUUGUGCACCAGAUUUGCUACGCAAAUCACCUUCCGUCGUGCGCAGACUACCAGCAAUGCCGCACCGGCCUAUGCCGACAAGCUGCGCGCAUUCAAGAGUGUUACCAAUGCUGUUCUUGAGCCAGUCUCUUUCUCAAAGGCCAUGAAGGAGGUUCACAAGCUCAUGGGUUUGUCGGAGUCUGCUGAGGACAACGACGGCAAGUCUACCUUCUCUGAGGACGUGCUCAAGGUCGAAGUGACUGGACCUGAGCAGGAGCACUUCUCUGUGGUCGAUGUUCCAGGCAUUUUCAGAACUGCCACCAAGGGUGUGACCACUCUGGCAGAUGCAACCAUGGUCAAGUCGAUGGUGCGCCGCUACAUGGUGAACCCACGCUCUGUCAUGCUGGUCGUCAUUCCCGCCAACGUCGACAUUGCCACCCAGGAGAUUCUGACUCUUGCAGAAGAGGCAGACCCCGAUGGUCAUCGCACGCUUGGUGUUCUAACAAAGCCUGACCUGGUCGAUCCUGGCGCUGAAUCUGGUGUACUUCAGCUCAUCAAGGGUGAAAAGCACCCUCUCAAUCUCGGCUGGUGUAUUGUGCGUAACCUUGGUCAGCAGCAGAUCCAGGACACCGCUGCCGACAGAUCAGCUGUCGAAAGGGCUUUCUUCCGCGACAGAACACCCUGGAACGAGCUUGACCAAGAGCGCGUCGGCGUGGAUGCACUGCGUAGUCGCCUGCAGGAAGUCCUGGCCAGCAACAUCCGCCGCGAGUUCUCCAACGUCAAGCGCGAGGUGCUCACCAAGCUGAGCACGGCAAAGCGCGGUCUCAAGGACCUUGGUGACAAACGCCAAACCCCUGAUGAACAGCGUCGUUUCAUCAUGGACAUUGCCUCCCGCUUCCGCGAGGUGGUCAGUUUAGCCCUCAACGGUAACUACUCGGGCAACAGAUGGUUCGACCAGGAACCUGACCUGAUGUACGUGACUGCUGUCGUCAACCGNUAUGCGUUCAAGUUCGACUAUUCUCCAGAGUCGUCCGAGAAGCCAGACACCACAAGCAACGGCGGUCAAAGUCUUACACUGCGCCACACCAAGGACAUUGAUGAUCUUGAAGACUUGAUCACCGGUGACCGUCUGAUUGAUGACAAUAUCCACAACAACAUCAUCGAAUGGUUGUCAGAGCUCUACAAGGGCAGCCGAGGCUUUGAGUUGGGAACCUUCGACAAGAACCUUCUCUCCAGAACGAUGAAGGCUCAGUCAGAAAAGUGGGAGCCUCUCGCUCACGGCUACAUCCUAGAUGUCGUUCACCUAGCACACCGUUUCGUCACGACUCUGCUGAGACAUGUCUGUCCUACUCCACGCGGCAGAGAAGGCAUCAUGUCUGUCCUCAUGGAGCCUCUUCUCGAGAUCUACCGUCGUGCCCUCGAGCAAGUGCAGUUCGUCCUGCGUGUCGAGCACAGCAACCCUCAGACCAUCAACCACUACUUCAACGACAACCUGGAGAAGUCUCGUCAGAAGCGUCUCCGCGCGUCACUCGAGAAGCAUGCCACCGUUCAAGCUUCACCCUUUGGCGGUGUCCCUCGUAGCACGAUUGCACUCGAUGAUAUCGUUCAGAACCACCCCAUGUCGAAUGCUCAGCACACCGUCUUCGAGGUCCAUGAUAUCCUCAAGGCUUACUACAAGGUCGCCAGAAAGAGGUUCGUUGACAACGUUUGCAUGCAGGCUGCAGACUAUUUGCUGGUCACCGGACCCAACAACCCUCUGAAGAUCCUCUCUCCCCAGUUCGUAAGCUCCUUGUCUGACGAACAGCUCGAGGAAAUUGCUGGUGAGGACAUCGGCCUCAGAAGAAGACGCAUUGCUCUCGCAAAGGAGGUCAAGGACAUGGAGGUCGGAAAGAAGAUUCUUGCAGGUGUCGCCUAA